AUGAAAUUAGUCCCACAAACUCGUUUCUCUCUUCUUGUUCUUGUUCUUCAUAUUUUUGUUUUGCAUCCAUUGAAGAUUACUUCCUCAUCAAAACCACAAGCAGAGGCUCUGAUAAGAUGGAAGAACAGCUUGGUGUUGAAACCAUCUUCUCUGAAUUCAUGGUCCAGCAACAACAUCAACAAUCUUUGCAACUGGACUAGUGUUGUCUGUGAUGGCUCCACCAGGGAAAUCUCACAAAUAGACCUCUCCAACUUGUACCUGAAUGGUUCAUUAGACCAGUUCAACUUCUCGUUGUUCCACAACAUCACCGUAUUCAACCUCAACAACAACAAUAUGGUUGGUUUUAUACCACCAGCCAUUGGUAAUCUCACUAAGCUCACUUUGUUGGACUUGAGUGACAAUCAUAUUGAAGGAGAAAUACCAGUGGAGAUGAGCCAAUUGUCAGAGCUUCAAUAUCUUAGUUUGUUAAAAAAUUCUCUCAAGGGUACGAUCCCUUACGAGCUUAGCAAUCUAAGAAAGGUACGAUACUUAUCCCUUGGAGCAAACUCUUUGGAGACUUCUGACUGGUCUAAAUUUUCAAGCAUGCCUUUGUUGACCUACCUUGAUCUUUCUUUGAAUAACUUUAAUUCAACAUUCCCAGAUUUCAUAUUAAAGUGUAGGAACUUGACCUUCCUAGACAUGUCCCAAAACAAUUGGAAUGGCUCAAUUCCAAAAUCUGUAUUCUCCAAUCUACCGUUACUUAAAAUGUUGGAUCUUUCUGAGAACCAUCUGACGGGUCCAAUUCCAACUUCUAUGUGGAACCUCAAAAACCUCAUCUUUUUCUAUGUAAACACCAACCAACUAUCAGGAGAGUUUCCAUUUAACAUUUAUAGUCUCGGUAACUUGGAGAAAUUAUUUCUUUACGCCAAUAAUUUCACUGGUUCAAUUCCUUCAGAGAUUGGAAACUUGAAAAAACUUAAAAGGUUGGAUCUUUCCGAGAACCAUCUCAUGGGUCCAAUUCCAUCUUCUCUAUGGACCUUAAAAAAGCUUACCUUGUUGCAACUUUUCGACAACAAUCUGGUUGGAACCAUACCACCAGAGAUCGAAAAUCUAAAACUCCUCACAACUUUUGCUGUAAGCACCAACCAACUAUCAGGAGAGUUGCCCGUUAACAUUUCUAGGCUGAGUAACUUGGAGAAGUUAUUUGUUUUUGCCAAUAAUUUCACUGGCUCAAUUCCUUCGGAGAUUGGAAACUUGAAGAAACUUAAAAGGUUGGAUCUUUCCGAGAACCAUCUCAUGGGUCCAAUUCCAUCUUCUCUGUGGACCUUAAAAAAUCUUACCUUGUUGCAACUUGUCGACAAUAAUCUGGUUGGAACCAUACCACCAGAGAUCGAAAAUCUAAAACUCCUCACAACUUUUGCUGUAAGCACCAACCAACUAUCAGGAGAGUUGCCCGUUAACAUUUCUAGGCUGAGUAACUUGGAGAAGUUAUUUGUUUUUGCCAAUAAUUUCACUAGCUCAAUUCCUUCAGAGAUUGGAAACUUGAAGAAACUUAAAAGUGUGGAUCUUUCCGAGAACCAUCUCAUGGGUCCAAUUCCAUCUUCUCUAUGGACCUUAAAAAAAGCUUACCUUGUUGCAACUUGUCGACAACAAUCUGGCUGGAACCAUACCACCUGA